GUUGUUGUUGUUGUUGUUGGGGAUGUCACCCAUUCUGAUGGCGGGAUCUCUUUGUCAAUGCAAGCUAUGAGUAAGUGAAAUUUGUCUGGCUGGUUUAAUGUACAUCUAGCCAACACAAACUGUGUCAACUAUCAUCUUACACCUGAAACAUUGAGGUUCGGAGGAAUUAAACUUCAACAGAAGAAAGCAGACCACAUGGAUUUGUGGAUGGGAUAAUGUAGAAGUUCAGUCAAUCAAUUUUAAGAUUUAAUCUCCUCUUUCUUAUUGACAGGUAAAUAAGUGUUUGUCAAUGUUACAUCUAUGAAACGUGGAUUUCCUGAAGCCUUGCAAGCAAGGAUUCAUGAUAUGAGUUAGGGGAACGUGUUGAUCGUAAUAGACUGGUUCGAAUAGCGAUCAGCUCACCCGCAUUCAGUCUUUUGCUGAACAAGUGAACUUUCUGCUAUCAGUCACCUUUUCCAAUGUGAACACUUUACGCAUGCAGAAUAUUUUACAGGCGAACUUUAUUUACAACAUGGAAUAACUGUGAACCACUUCAUGUUAAAGUAUGAAUCCACUGGAAGAUGGAGACAUCAGUGGACAAAAGUGAAGGACUGGAUGUAUAGAAGUGGAUAUGUCGUAAGAAUCACUGUCCAGUAUGCUGGAAAACACUCCACUGAAACACACUCGCCUUCAAUUACAACUUCUUGUUCGCUUGCUUACACGACGAGAAGAGUGUUUACAUUCACGAAGGACUUUCAGCAAUCUGAAGACAACCUGUAAGGACAGCUGUGAUGUUUGGAGCAAAUAUCUGUAUGCUUUGUGGAGGAGACAUUCAGCUAAAUUAAUGAAGAUUAAAAAUGGUGCAUGUAGAAACUGGAAUGAAUUCAAGGCCGUAGAUGCUGAUUGAACGAACUAACCUGAAGUCAUUAGAGUCUUCAAUGGUUUUUGCAAAUAAUCCUCUCCAGUAUUGGGAAGAGUUGAUCCUGACACUUUCUUCUAUAUCAUUGUAUGAUAUAUAGAAUGUGAGGUCAAGUUUAACUUCACCUGAUCAGUGGAAUCAUACAACUCCGUUGCUGGAGUACUGGUUUCACUGACUAGAGUCUCUGAGAUACAGGUUUAUG